AUGUCAUGCAACUGCUUUGGAACGCUUCAAGAAGCUCAAUUGGUCCGAGAUUGUUAUCCUCCCUCCAAAGCGAUCCUGACCGCUGGACCGGAUUUCAAACCGCUGUCCUCAGAUCUGUCCAAGUUGACGUACCGAUGUACGAAUCAGUCAUCUCGUUUGGCCAAAGUCGGGGACGAGUUGGAGAAGAGGGUGGUCAAGGAGGCUGGAAAGAGUACGGCGGGUUACGCGAAGAGUAGAGCCUCCCUCUUGAUUUCCCUAGCCAUCCUUCGCACACUCAUCACUGAAUGUCACCGUGAUCUUCAUCUCUUCUCCCGAUCCAUUAUCCGGAUUAUCGACAUCUCUCUCGAUGUCAGAGUAUACCAAAAGGGAGGGCCGGAUCUAGAAGUGAUUGGGAGAGCUGCAUCUUGUUUUACAGCUUACACGACCUUUACCGAUGGAGGUAGAGGAAUGGAGGACUCGACCCUGAAGAUGUACUUGAGCGUGUUGCAAAAAUUCGCUGCGUUUGCAACGGCAAGAAUAGGCUCGGGUUCUACAUCUGCCGCAGCUCCUCCCACCCAGACUUCCAAUGGCGAGGCUGAGGAAUCCGACUCGGAGCAAGAGAAUCGAACUCGCCUCAUUGGUCUGGCAGCUCUCCACGGCGCUGCAUCGUCCCACGCCUUGUUCUCCACGCCAAUGUCGGAAUUCCCACCUCAAGUCGGUAUCAUUGUCCCCGCUCUGUGUACAAACCUGUUUCAAGGGUCCCUGUCUUCGCUUCAAGUUGAAUCUGCCCGUAUAGAAGUCGAUUCAUCACCCUCGCCCUUCUUCAGCGAAUUUUCCGCUCGGCGACCUGUUCAGAACCGUCGAGCGCCUUCUCUGUCGGCCCACAUUCCGGGUCAAAAAGGUCCCAGUCAGACGGAUGUCUUGUCCGCCGCCUUGCGAUCUCUCGCCGCCCUCAUACGGAAUUGUCAAGUCCCUCAGGCGACGUACGUCUUGGACGCCAUUGCGAACUACCUCGACUUGGCUCAAUGGCAAGACGUCGAAAGAUCCUGCUGGUUGGCAGAACGAUUGGCAGCUCUCAUGUCGUUACAGUACCGAUUCGUGGUACCCACUCGAUUGGUUGAGAUCCUUGCCAAAGUUCCCGACGCUCCAUUGACAACGAAGCACACGACCUUGGUCGCUAUGAUCACCAGCAUUCUCAGCAGCUCGACUUCAUUGGUCGGUCUAGGAGUGGUGGAAAUGACCAACAGCUUCAUCUCGCUCAUCUCACGUCGGGUCAGGAUUGAUCCCCAGGAUGCUCUCUUGCCUGCCCUUGUGCAAUGUAGCGCAUCGCUCGGAACUCACAUUUACUAUGCUGAUCAAAUAAACGAUGUCGUCGAGGAGAUCGCCGUACGAAUGACAGAAUUAGACGUUAAUGACAAGGCUCGACCGGAGAUCUUGCGGGUCUUGAUUCACUGCAUCAUGGGCUUGUUAUCGACGGCCAUCCGGGCAGACGAACUCGAAGCGAAAGCUACUGCUCAUCCUCCCGAGACCCCUUCCGUGGACACGCAUGCAAGCCCUGAGAAGGAUAAAGGGAAAGCACCCGCGUCGACAAUGGAACAUAGCCUUCCCACACGGACAGGCAGGCGGAAUCUCAUCUCGCCACAGGUCUGGCAAGAGACUGUCCCACUACUAUGCGAAGCGACGUAUCCUGUACGAUCAGCUUACGCUCGAGCUCUCCUGCUGUUUAUCAAAAACGAACUACCCCGUGAGCCGAAACUAUCCUCAAAAGGUGUAGAUGGCGACGUGCCUCCUAGCAAUCCCUCACGGCCUGGUAGACCAGAGCAAAUCUAUGUCAAACGAUUCUGCAAUGCCCUCAAUGCCGCUAUCUACACCCUCGCCAUGUCUUCGUGCCUAGGUCCAGGAACCACGCCAGCUACGCCCGGCGCGGAAUCACCUGAAAUCCCUUCGCCUCUGGUAGGCUCAGACACUGCCAAUGGCGAAGUGCUCGCUCCGACACCGAUAGCAAAGGUCAAUGCGAGCCCUCUCGUCCCAGCAAAAGAUGUUGUUCUCGCUCCCCCUGUCAGCACCACACCCGUCCCAAUUGAGCGUGGCAAAUCUCUCGAAAAAGGCGUAUCAUUCAACCUGCAGGAACCCACUCCAGUGCCUACGCCUCGCCAGUCCACCGGCCCAGGUCAAGCGACACCACGAAAGUCGAGUUUGGUCGAAGGCCGCUCAACGCCACCUCGAAAAUCCAACGGAGGCAUGACCCCACCUUGCAAGCGACUCCAUCGACGGGUCUCAUUGCCGUUGACCCGAUUGAACUCCACACUCGUCGUGGGGUCAUUCGAUAACGUUGCCACGCCAUACGACUUUACAGCCAUCAUACAGAUCUUGGAAGCCCUCAUUGACGCUGUGCCUUCUGCCGUCCUCCUGACGAGCGUGCCGAUGCUUUUGGCUCUCGAUCGAGAUGCGAGCGUCGAGCUGGUCAGACGAUCUGGUGAUGGACGACAAGGAGCUUGGGUGUUUGAGCGGAAGCGAUCCAUCAAGGAGGUCAUAGGGGCCGUCUGGAGACUCAUCGGUCAAAAGUGGGGUAUCGGUCAAGUCAUCGAGAAUUCAGACAAGGCAAUUAACACACUUGCUGAACCGUUCGAAGUGCCUAGUGCAGUUGCGCCACCACCUGGAAUCCUUCCACCACCGGAUCAGCCUGUCCAAUUCGUGCCUAAUAUGAAAGAGGGCGAGUCAUCAGCAUCUUCACUCCCUUUCAUGGAUCCUGAGAUGUUGGUAUCCGCCUUGACGUCGUCUCCUUUGGUCCUUCAGACGACUCAGAAGGACGCAUCAUCCCUCACCAAAAACUUCACAGUUCGGUGGUCUGUCGAAUCCGCGCUAAAGGAUUCGGUCGAGCGAUUUUCGUCGAUAGGGCGAUAUACUGCGGAUGAUACCCACCAUUUUGACGUCGCUUCUGUCAUCAUGUCGCUGAACAAUAAUUCGUACCACUCUGUCGGUCAACGUACAGCUUCACGGACGAUCGACGUUUCAGAUUUGCGAGAAGCCUUAGGUGAUGGUGGUGGAGGAGCAGCAGCAGCAGCAAGCAGAAUAAGGAACGACUCGAUCAACGGAUCAGCUCCUCCUUCCAUCGUUUCGACGGCCGGGAAUCGAUCAGUCGACGAGACGACGCCGAAAAAGAAACCAAUUGGUCAGAAUACAGACGUUCAAGAAGUCUUGAAGGACAUUUUCAAGGGAACAAAGCGACGAGGCGGGAAUACAAAGAGGGGCAUUCAGGCAAAAGUCGAGAAUGUCAAUGGAACUAUUGGACGGCAGUCGAAUGGCGAUGCUUUGGAGAUGAAGCAACUGGGCGGCGUGGUGAACACCAAUGGCGAUGUCGUCAGGAAUGGUGGAGUAGUGGAAGCGCCUGUCGGUCCCCGACAUCCUGAAGGACCUGCCUCACUCCUGACACCGAAAGAGAUGUCUGCUUGA